UGGCGGGCAAACGGAAACAUGACUGACGCAGUUGAAUCCCAGUCUUCUGACUCUGAUUACGCUGAUGCCCAACAGCUAAUACACAGUCAGCAGAAAGGCCCCUGUAAGGUACAUACAUGUGAAACAAAUACACGGGUGGAGUGUUCUCCUUCAAAGCAGAAGAAUGCUGCUCCGGAGGAGUCUUCAGAUGAGCCUAACAGUACAUAUAAAUCAGCUGCUUCAACUGAAGUUUUGCUGGUCAGCAGUGAUUCAGAAAUUGACCUCUCUGCUACUUGUGGCAAUAAGUGUCAUCCUAAGUGCUCCGUUGCACCUUCAAAGCACAGAAGGAGAUCACAGUCUUCAAGACAACAAGCAGAAUCUGUUGCAGAAGUGUCUGACAAUGAAAGCUCCUCAGAUUCAUCUCUGUCCCCUUCAGUGCAAUCAUCAGAAACUUCCCAGAAGCAGAAGUCAAAACUAAAUUUGAAAGCCAUUUUUGCAUAUCACUUCAGAGGAAAGAAGUUUAAGGCUGCUGCACACCGGAAAUACAGGAUUCACUCAGGGAAGAAGAAGAAGAAGUAUGAGCGCACACAUAUGCCUAUAGGGAGGCCACCACUGACAGCCUCUCCUCAAGAACGAAAGAGAAGGCUUCUAGACAGAGGCUUUAAAUUCCCUUUUGUUCAAGAACAUUAUGGCAAGAAACAUAUUCCCUUAAAUAUGGUUCUUGACUAUGAGCAAGCAGCUGCCAAGGGGUAUUUCCAGUACGUUGAAAUGCUUAAAUAUGAAGACCACCUCAAAAAAGCUUUAAAAGCCCUUCAGGCCAGUGAAGACUUAGAAAGACAAUGCCUGACAGUACGGAAACACAAGUAUUUAGAUGAUGAAGGUCCCAUUUCCCCUAUUCAGGAGACAAACAAUGAUGAUGACAACUUGAAUUCUGAUAAUCAAGAACAGCUUGAUGCCAGAGUAGUGGAGAACAGCUCUUUCAUUAUAAGCAGCAAAAUUCCCAGUAAGAAAAAAUCAAAACGUGCAAAAUCAACUAAAGUGAUUGAAAUAGAAGAUGAUUGCCUAUGCUGCUGAGAACUCUCAAUUUCUGCGAGGU